GCGUGGUAGUCGAUCUAGUCGGCCAUCGGCGUCGCCGCAUCGUUCGAGUAAAAAAGUCGACAGACAGGAAGAAAUCCGAGGUUUCGAUCGAGGGGAUAACAGCGCGCAUUCUGUCCUCCGAGGUGUCGUGGGACCGUUUUGCGCGAUAGUUGAUCGCCUUUUUUGCACUUACCGCCAAUCAUGGCCGCCUCCGUAUCGACGACGCUGCACUCGCAGACGUAGUAAGUACACGCGCACGAAAGCUCUUUGGAGCAGACGACGCGUCGGACAGCAGCCCGCUAUUGUCAACUGUUAACUGCAGACGGUUUUCAACGAGGGAGCAGCGGGGGUCUCUUGACGAUAUUUAAACCCGUCUCGGCGACGUGUCGACCGGAUUCAACCCCGAUUUAACCAGAGGCCGAGAAAUGGACACGGACAAGAGCUGCGUGCCGUAUUCUCAGAGCGGAGAUAAGCAGCAGGAUGAGAAGCUGCUGGAACCAUUCACGUACAUUCUCCAGGUACCCGGAAAACAGAUAAGAGCAAAGUUGGCUCACGCAUUUAAUUAUUGGCUGAAAAUACCCGAGGACAAACUCCACGCCGUCGGUGACAUUACCCAGAUGCUCCACAACUCUAGUCUAUUGCAACCGCCAAGUUACCGUGGUCGAAACGAAGAAUUGCUUGCUUUACGUAAAUCAGACGUUGACACGUUUCCGAAGUUCGUCUUCUCGAUUGGGCAAAAGCAUUUUGUUUGGAUAGACGACAUUCAAGACAACUCCAUAUUGAGGCGUGGAAUCCCCGUAGCCCACUCUAUUUACGGCGUAGCCAGCACCAUCAACGCGGCGAACUACGUGCUCUUCAUAGCACUUGAAAAAGUUCUGGCCCUGAACCAUCCAGAGGCUACCGAAGUCUACACACAGCAGUUGCUCGAACUGCACAGAGGACAGGGGAUGGAAAUUUACUGGCGAGACAACUACAUUUGCCCAUCGGAAGAAGAGUACAGGGAAAUGACGAUACGAAAAACUGGGGGUCUCUUCAAUCUAGCCGUACGACUGAUGCAAUUAUUUUCCGAUUGCAAAGAGGACUUCACACCGCUCGCAGGAAUAUUAGGAUUGUAUUUCCAAGUCAGGGAUGACUACUGCAAUUUGUGCUUACAAGAGUAUACGGAGAACAAAAGUUUCUGCGAGGAUCUGUCGGAGGGAAAGUUUAGCUUUCCAAUAAUUCAUGCGAUACGAACUCACCCCGAGGACCGGCAAAUCAUGAACAUUCUUCGGCAUCGAACAACAGACGUCGAGGUGAAACGCUAUUGCGUAACGCUUCUUGAAAAGUUUGGAUCCUUCGGUCACACAAGAGGAGUUUUGGGAGAUCUUGACCUGAAGGCGAGGGCCGAGGUCGAAAGGCUCGGUGGUAAUCCUCUUCUCAUCAAAAUUCUCGACGAGCUUCUAACGUGGCAGAGAACAUGAUGCGCGUUUACUUUUCCCGCAACUUUCAACGGUUGUCUUAAUACAAUUCAAACCAAAAUUCACACGCGUAAAUGCUUCAAUUUAUAUCGUAACAAGAGGUAAAAAUUCUUUACUACAAAAAUAUUUAACUCAGCUCGUUUGAAGCUACGAAGUUGGGAAAAUUCUACGGAAAUUUUUACUACCGUUGUAGUAUAAGGCACGCCUAAUCUUUGGAUAGAAUAGUUUGUUCAGACAAUAAUUUUCCACUCAUUUUGAUUGAAAAAUUGGCCAAAUUGUGAACGAAAUCUGCCAAGGUUACAAAAAUGAGGCCGAAGUAAAUGGUGCUUGCUAAUUAUUUGAAAUCUUCCGUUUACGAUUUUUCCAGAAAA